GUUUGCAUGUUUCUUUUGCUCAAAAUCGGAAACUUUAUUCCUCAAUCCGCGCCAAUAGCCGACUUUGGUUGAUUACGAUCAGUUUCUCGGUGGUUUUCUGUAACGUGCAGCUAUUUUAUGGUGGAAUUCUGUGCUUAGAGUGGACGACGUUUCAUUGUCUUUAGUAUUAGGCCGUUUUAUUUUGUAUUCAGUGAAGGCUUUGACCAUAUGUUUCGGAAAUUCACUCCAAACGGUGAGUUGUUCGACGUUAACGUUGGAUUUGAAAGCGAAAUGGCCAAUUGGUGUUAACAGCUCGCUUCCAUUAUCGAUGGAGCAGGGUGUAACCAAUUCUGAUUUAGCACCACGGAAAUUGUCUCGGCCAUUGGAUUUCACGGCCAUCGGUGGAGAUUCAGUGAACGUAGAAUUGCCGAGGGCGCCUGAAUGUCAGACAUACUUAGAACUAUCACCACUGAUGCAGAAACAGCUGCCGCAAUCGACUUUGCCGCCACAAUCACUAUCGCCGUCUCAAAUACAAGUUGAACCGAAGUUCCAGUCGCAGGCAUGCUCACCGACGCAAACAAAGUUACCUAUACGGUCGCAGGGGCAGCAGCCAUGGUCAUCUUCACACACUCAACAUCAGCGAACACCGCAAUCUCAGGUUAAGCAGCAAUCGCAACCGCGGCCGCAUCUAGUUUCACCUGUUAGUCGAAUUCCGCACCCUGUGCAGAAAAUUUCGACGACGACGUUACUAGUAUCCAAGCAAGAGUCUCCUAGUUCACGACCUGGGCAUAAUGGGGAAUCAAAGGACAGCACUCCAAAGAAACAAAAGCACUGCAACUGCAAGAAUUCUCGCUGCCUCAAAUUGUACUGCGAGUGUUUUGCAGCUGGGAUCCACUGUGAUGGUUGCAACUGCUUAAAUUGUCAUAAUAAUGUGGAUAAUGAGGCUGCCAGACAGGAGGCAGUUGGAAUAAUUUUAGUGCGCAAUCCAAAUGCCUUCAGGCCUAAAAUUGCUAGCAGUCCCCAAGAACCACGGGUUUCGAAGGAAGAGGCUGAAACUCAAGUAUUAGGGAAGCAUAAUAAAGGAUGUCACUGCAAGAAAUCAGGCUGCCUUAAGAAUUAUUGUGAGUGUUUCCAAGCCAGUGUCCUCUGCUCUGAAAAUUGUAAAUGCAUGGACUGCAAGAAUUUUGAAGGAAGUGAAGCAAGAAGGGCUCUUGAUGCAAUUAACCUCAAACAGGCAGCUAAUGAUGCCAUCAGUCAAGCAAUUGGGUCCUCUGGCAAUGGGAUGGGCGCAACACCCAAGAAAAGAAAACUUAAGGAAAUAUUUUCUGGCAAAGCUGCCAUAGAUAAAGGUGUUUUGACUGCUCAGUUUCAACAGGAAAAUGAGCCAGUGGUUGCGACACCUGCUCCAUCUGUGUCUGUUGCCUCUGACAUUGCCAAGGUAACAAUUCCAGGGUCUUCCCGAUCAACAUACAGGUCCCCACUGGUGGAUGCACUCCAGCCACAGGAUGUGAAGUAUCUCUGUUCACUUUUUGUUGUUCUAUCCGGAGUAGCCGCAAAGACAUAUGCAGAGUCAAGAGUCAGGGUAGACCAGCAAAUGGAGAUCAAGAAAUUUGAAACUUCUUUUGCUUCAUCAGCUGAAUUACUGCAAGACAAUAAAGAAGUCCACAAGCCUGUUUUUGGUGAACAUUCAAAGAGAAAUGGAGCAGAGAGAAGUGGCAGUAGUGAUUCUGGAUCAGAUGCAGUUGAUAUACAGAACUCCGUGAGGCCAUUGUCACCAGGAACGCUAGCAUUGAUGUGUGAUGAACAAGAUGAGAUGUUUCUUUCCAAUAGUUCUGCCAAUGCCGUGGCUUGCAAUGAUCAAAAAAUGAUUCAUAAGCCAUCAAAUUCUGAUGUUUACAUGGACAUUUAUGGAGAGCAGGAACGGCUUGUGCUCACCAGGUUUUGGGACGUUCUCCGUGGACUCAUCACCCGUGGAAGCAUAAAAGAAGCGACGUGCUCCCCAUUAGCCAUGAAAGAGGUGGGAAGCAAACAAGAAGCAGCUGAUAAUGGCAAUAAUGGAGCUGAACCUGAUUUAAGAAGUGAGAAGGGGAAGGGAGUUCACAUGCACAGCAAUUGCAUUGCAAAUUCCCGCAUCCCGUUGUCCACUGAAGUAUCUGAGACAAGUAGUGCAAUGCCUAAUGAACAAGAUAAUGAUGAUCUGUCAUUGAGGAUCGGUCUGCCUACUGGAAUUGCUGGGUUGACAUAAUAUCUUGCAUUGUGAAAUACUCCUGAUUGGUAAAGUUCAUGAUUUUUUGGUGUUGGUGAACAGCCAGGAAGAGGUGCUGUUGACGUACAUAGUACUUAUUUAUAGGUCUGGUUUCCAGCUGGAAGAAUGGGGCUUAACUAGAAUAACUAACUAUAACUGGAAUAUCUUCUUUCCUAGCAUCCAUGUCGGAACCCAAGUCUCGGCCACUAGUUCCUUGCUUAAUCUGACGUUUCUCCAUGCUAAAGUAUGUUAAGCUCAGGUAGGUAACGGGAAUUUUUGGUUUUUUUGU